CCGGCCCGCACUCCGCCCUCCUCAGAAGCUCAAAGCCAACGGCCGAGAGGAAAAGCUUGGCUGAGAAUCGCCUGGUCACUGCAGCCAGUCACGGUGGUGGCGCUGGUGCUAACUGGGCUUGUCGGACUGUGAGCGAGCAGUGAGCGCGUGCCAUGGAGGGGGAGGAGAAGCCGGUGGUGGGCGGGGCCUACUGGGGCGUGGGCGCGAGGGCGUGCGACUCCUGCGCCACCGAGGCGGCCAGGCUCUUUUGCCGCGCCGACGCCGCGUUCCUCUGCGCCGGCUGCGACGCGCGCGCGCACGGCGCCGGGUCGCGCCACGCCCGGGUCUGGCUCUGCGAGGUCUGCGAGCACGCGCCCGCGGCCGUCACGUGCAAGGCCGACGCCGCCGUGCUCUGCGCCUCCUGCGACGCCGACAUCCACGCCGCCAACCCGCUCGCGCGCCGGCACGAGCGCGUCCCCGUUGCGCCCUUCUUCGGCGCGGCCGCCGACGCGCACAAGCCUUUCGUGUCGUCGGGAGCCCAGGCCGCUGCCGAGGACGACGGGAGCAACGACGCCGAGGCGGCGUCGUGGCUGCUCCCCGAGCCCGAUCACAAGGAUGGCGCCAACGGUGCUACCGCCGACGUGUUCUUCGCGGAUUCCGACCAUUACCUCGACCUCGACUUCGCGCGGUCAAUGGACGACAUCAAGGCCAUCAGCGUGCAGCUCAACGGCCAGCCCGAGAUCGACCUCAACGGCGGCAACAAAGGCUUCUACUCCGACCACUCCAUGAACCACAGCGUAUCCUCCUCUGAGGCGGCGGUGGUCCCGGACGCGGCGGCGGCGCCGGUGGUGAGCCGCGGGAGGGAGCGGGAGGCGCGGCUGAUGCGUUACAGGGAGAAGCGCAAGAGCCGGCGGUUCGAGAAGACCAUCCGGUACGCGUCCCGCAAGGCGUACGCCGAGACGCGGCCGCGCGUCAAGGGCCGGUUCGCCAAGCGCACCGGCACGGCGGACGCCGACGCCCUGGAGGAGCACGAGGAGAUGUACUCCUCGGCCGCGGCCGCCGUCGCCGCGCUCAUGGCGCCAGGCCCCGACCACGACUACGGCGUGGACGGCGUGGUGCCGACCUUGGUGUGAUCGAUCGGUCGCCGGCGCGUCCUUCCGGGCUGUAAUUUUGUUGCAUGCAUGCACGCACGCACAGCUUCGUCUAGCAUUUGAUCACUCAUCAAUUGUAUAUUCAUGAUUACGCGGGAGCGAUCCAGACUUCCGAUCCAACCCCCUCCUUAAUUUUGCCCGAUCCAUGUAAUUUUUCACCUGUAGCAUAUCAUCAUCAUCACGAGCUGGCUAAUCUGCAACUACUCUACUCCACUUUUACUAAUCCACUUGCUGCUAUCGCUCGCA